CCGGGCAGUUACCCUCUCAAAGCCAACGCUAGCACUCUACCGCAAUGCCAGGACGUAUCCUCUUCGUAUUCACGUCGUGCAACAAGACCUUGACCGGCGGAAACACCGGCUGGUACCUCCCCGAGGCCGCGCACCCUUACUACACUCUCGCCCCGCAUUACACCAUCGAUUUUGCCGCUCCCCAGGGGCCCAACCCGCCCGUCGAUGAGAGCAGCGUCCAGAACUUCAAGGACGACGAGAGCCAGAAGUUCUUGUCGGACCCGACCGUGCGCAAGAAGCUCGAGGGCGCCAAGAAGCUCUCAGAGGUCAACGUAGACGACUACGACGCCGUCUUCUACGUUGGCGGACACGGGCCCGUCAUCGACCUAGCCACUGACCCUGUGAACAUCAAGCUCGCCAGUGAGUUCUAUCGCAAGGGCAAGCUUACCGCCGCCGUGUGCCACGGGCCAGCUGCCCUGGUUGGCGCGACGGACUCUGAGGGCAAGUCGAUCUUCGAGGGCAAGGCCGCCACAGGGUUCUCUAACGCGGAGGAAGAACAAGCUGGGAAGGUCAAGGAUGUGCCCUUCCUCCUUGAGGAUAAGAUCAAAGCUCUGGGCGGAAAGUACGAAAGCGCCGAGCCAUGGCAGCCCAAAUUCGUCAUUUCUGGACACCUAUACACUGGUCAGAACCCAGCAUCUGCCAAACCAUUGGCAGAAGCCAUCCUGGCGGGGUUGAAAGGGUAAAGUUGGAUAAGAAGUGAACCAAAUGUAACAUCACCUUUGAAACUGUAACUUGCAAUAUAAAAUCACAAGUUCUUAGCAGAAAGACCG